GCACCACAACACAGGGAGAAUACUGUUCAAACCCUUCAGGUGGCUCUCUGACACUUUGUAUUUUUCACCACAGGCUGCAGUUUUGUUUUGUUUUUGCUCUGAAUGCAAAUCUCACUCGACUAAAGCAAAGGGUCGGCAGGCCGAUGGGAAGUACACACACAUGCUUAGAAGUCCCCUGUGUGCACUAGUUAGGCCAGCAGAGAGGAGCGACAGGUGGGAGCAUUGGUGGCGUCGUUAGAAGUCAAGGAAGCAGAACAUCCGGGAUGGCUGGAAAGAGACGAGGCCGAGGCAGCAACGUCCAGCAACAGCAGGCACCACAGAGGCAAAGAGGUGGCCCUCACAGGGCUCUGAGGGAGCCAGCUGUUUUUGCCAAGACUACAGGCUGUGAAUCAGAGAUCCCCCAUGAAAAGUUGACCAUUGCCCAAGCACGAAGGGGCACACCAGCUCAUCGUCCGGUGAGAGUCUAUGCUGAUGGUAUCUUUGAUCUUUUCCAUUCGGGGCAUGCUCGAGCCCUGAUGCAGGCCAAAAAUGUGUUCCCAAACACCUUCCUGUUAGUAGGAGUCUGCAGCGACGAACUCACCCACAAGUUUAAGGGCUACACGGUGAUGACCGAGGGUGAACGCUACGACGCCCUGAGGCACUGCCGUUACGUAGACGAGGUGGUGCGGGACGCUCCCUGGUCCCUGUCCACAGAGUUCCUCAAGAAACACAAGAUUGACUUUGUGGCCCAUGAUGACAUCCCUUACACCUCUGCUGGAUCAGAGGAUGUUUAUAAGCACAUCAAGGAAGCAGGCAUGUUCGUGGCCACUGAGAGGACAGAAGGCAUCUCCACAUCUGAUCUGAUCACUCGUAUUGUCCGAGACUAUGACAUCUAUGCCAGACGCAACCUGCAAAGAGGCUACACAGCACGAGAACUGAAUGUUGGGUUCAUUAGUGAGAAGAAAUACCGGAUCCAGGAACAGGUGGACAAGAUGAAAGAGACGGUCCGUACGGUGGAGGAAAAGUCCAAACACUUUGUCUACAGAGUGGAAGAGAAGAGCCAAGACCUCAUCCACAAGUGGGAAGAGAAGUCGCGAGAAUUCAUUAGCAACUUCCUGGAGCUUUUUGGACCUGAUGGGGCCUGGCAUGCGAUUCAGGAGCGCAGUGGCCGUAUGAUCCAGGCCCUGUCACCGUACUCUUCACCCCGAGGAUCCCCCAGCAGCAGUCCCACCAGAAGACGCUCGGUUUCUCCUGGCUCCACACCUGCCUCUGCAUCCCCCUCCUCUAUCUCCCUUCCUUCCUCCCCCAGACGCUCACGCAAGGCCACACGCAAGGCCACACGCUCCUCUCUCAAAGCUGCCUCCGCAUACAAUGUACAAUGAGCUCAUCAUGAUUCGUUCAACUUUGUUGGUCAUUAAUCUGGUGGGUAUUGUGUCUAAGGAAGCUGUUAAUUGAAAUGAACAAAUAAAAAGGAAAUACUUCA